AUGAAAUCAUUCAAAACAGUUGUUCUGGGUCAGCAAAAGCAACAAGUCCCCACCUCCUGGAAUAAUGAAACAUUCUUCAUAACUGCAGAAGCAGUAUUUGAAAAUGGUGCAAGAUAUUGUCAUGAUAGAGCCGAAGCAAUCAGAAUGGCUCAAAGACAAAUUCAUAUGGUUGAAGAAUAUCAAUUGGAUAGCCAUGACUAUGAUGAAACUGGUACUACUACUGGAGCUACUAGUCGAGCAUCUAUAAGUGAUUCUGAGGUUGUUAUAAAUGCUGAUUCUGUAUUGAGUGAGUUUACUGAGAUUGAUAGUUAUGAGUAUGGUGAAUCAGUAAUUAGCAGUGAUUAA